AGAUGCUGGUUUAAUUGAUUUAUUUUUCCUGUAAGUGUGAGAAGUCAGAAAAACAAAGGUUCUCAGUACAGAGUAAUAGUUUGACCAUUUGAGGCCAGUAGCCUCCUGACUGACUAGUUAAGAUGCAGAAAAGACAAGGGUAUUGCAGCUAUUGCCGUGUGCAGUAUCCUAACCUGGAACAGCACUUGUUUAGUGCUCAGCACAGAACCCUGACCAGACAGAGCCGACGUCGGACAAUCACCAACAAUACUUUGAUGGAACGCUUCCUGCAGGACGUUCUACGACACCACCCGUACAAUUAUCAAGACAACAGAGCUGCACCAAAUGAGGCAGCAGCAGCAGGAGCAGAGGCAGCAGCAGCAGAUCCUGGGUCCCCUGAAGUGGUCAUUUUGGAUGACUCAGAUGACAAUGAGGAUGACACUGCAGAGAGCAGUGGAGAGGUGUACUCUGAGGAUUCGGAAUCUGUUGAAGAGAUAGAUUGUAGACCUGGUACUUCCCAGGGAUAUGCAGAGGUUGCAGUUCGACCAUCAGUUAUUCAAAAGCUAGAGCGGGGACAGCAGCAGUCCUUGGAGUUGGCUCAUAAAGUUGAGAGUGGUAUGAGAAAAGUUAAUUCAGUCGGUGUUGUUCAGGCUACAACUAGUGGAAAAAUGUUAGUGCGUCCCCCAGUGAUUUGUAAUGCUCCUGCCAGCUCUUUGCCUAGCGGCUCUCGAGAGAGACCAGUUGCGGCUAACAGUGUUCCUCGGUUAGUACUGGCAGUUGCUUCAGAUUCCUUUCCAGCUUGUGACACAGAGAACCUUGAAACAUACUUUGACCCCCCAGAUCAGGGCUCUAGCAAUCCACCAUCUCAACCCAAACCUAAAGAUCCAAAAAAGAAACCGUUAAGUAUAAAUUUAGACAAAUUGUUUGCACAGAAAAAUCUCAGAGCUAAGGGUGCGUCUUUUUCCCCUGUUGUGCGAGUGCGGGAGCUAACAAGUGCUGAGCUUUGUUCUCUAAGAGUUGGGUCUUCUGAGUCAGGGGCAGGCACAGCAGGAAACCCCAGUGAGACUGACACACCACCAGAUGCAGCCCGUGAAGGUGCCAUUCCAAAGCGUCGUGAGGCAUCUUGUUCAAACGUGGUUCGUCCCCAAGAAGAAACAUGCUUGGUUCUUAACAGGCCAGCACUUCAGAAUCGCUCAGUGAGUUCUGAAGUGGUCGAUCAUGGCUCUCUUCAGCCAGUACCUGGUCAUUCCCAGGCUGCAGUACAUUUGGAAGAGGAAGAGGUGGAAGAGAGAGUUGACCAAGAUGAGAACUAUGAGUCUAGAGGUUCUGAUAUGAGUUUCAAUUGUGGGUCCUCUUGUCAGUCACAGAGGGCCCUGUCUGAACUGCCCGCUAGAGAAGUAAGUGUAUCAGAAGAAACUGGUGAUGUUCAGCCUAGGAAUGAAACACCUACUGUUUCUGGAGCAACUUCGGAUAAUGGCAGCAGUUCUCGUCAGGUGCCUACCAACCGUUCUCGAGUGAUCACACAGAACAUACAGUUCAUUAGUCUGGUCGAUGAAAGCUAUGAGUCUAGUGGCUCUGAAGUGAAUUUUGAAGGUGAUUAUGCACUUCCAUCAACUAGUCGCCAUCCCCCACAGCCUGUGAGAGUAGCAAACCUUCCUACACAGAUGGCUGUCCGCUUGGUUGGCAGCUAUGGAAGCGGUAGCUCUGAACCAUGUGAGGAUUCUGGGUCCUCAGCUGAUGAGACUCCAGCAGCAGCAGGACAGCAACAGCCUCCGAAGAAUGCCAGUGCACAACUGGUUGAUGAGAACUACGGGUCAAGUAGUUUCAGUUCUGACAGUGAUGCGGCUCCCCAAAUGCCUGUUCAAGAAAGAAGCCCAAGAGACAGAGCUGUCCAACAGGAAGAUGAACACCAACCCAGUAGUGCUGAAGCACACCCUGAACGUGAUGACUCUGUUGAGAGAGGGGUUGACGAACCCCAGAGAGAAGCAGAAGAGAUAAAUGCCCUGAACCAGAAGAAUACCAGCCGUGGGGAUCUGAACUGUGAGUCUCAUGGUCCUGAAAUGGGUUUUCAUGCUGAUGCUCGAUUAGAGGCUGAUCAAUCUCCAGUAAACCCCGAGGAAGUAGAUCUUGACCUAGAGAAUCAGAGUGUUCACUCUGGCAUGUCUAACCUAAGUUUUGAUACCCAUGCUUCUUAUCAGUCAGCUAAUGAUCAACCUCAAGGGGCUUGGGGUGAACUAAAUCUUGAUGAGUUAAAUGUCGACAUGGAAGUUAAGAGCAGUGCGUGCUCCAGUUCUGAGUUGACAUUUGAUUCCGAUUCCCCUCUUCUGUCAGUUACUGAGCGGUCUCUGCUGGAUUUUGAAGGAAUAAACGAAGAUGACUUUAACCUGGAAGAUGAAAACUGUGUGUCAAGUAGUUCUGACAUAACUUUUGAUUCUGAUAUUCCCGAUGACUCAGUAGCUGACCAACCUCAAGUAGCUGUUUAUGAGGAGGAACCUGUUGAUCUGCAAAAUAAGAGUAGUGCAUCUUGUGUUUCUGAAAUAACAUAUGAUUCUGAUAUUCCUCUUCACUCAGGAAAUGAUCACCCUGAAGUAGCUGUUAAAGAAGUAAUCAUUCAGGAAGAAGAAAACGUUCACUUAGAAGGGAAGAAUGACAAUCCCAGUGGUUCUGAAAUAUGUUUGGAUUCUAAUGCCCCUCUUCAUUCAGUGACUAAUACUCAAGUAGCUGUUAAAAAGAUAAAUUCCCCUAAAGAAGAACAGGUACACACAGAACAAAAGGAAAACGGAGCUACUGAUUCUGAACUAAGUUUGAAUUGUGACACUCUUAACUCAAAGCCUGGACAUUCUGAAGAUCCCAUUGUUGCCUGUGUUUCUCAAGCAAGAUUGGAUUCUCAUACCCCCUUUCAGCCUGUUAUUCACAGAUGUGAAGUAAUUGUCAGAAACGUGUGCUCUCCAAAAGAAAAGCAUGCUCAAUUGCCAAGUACAAGUACAGAAUCUCAUUCUGAAAUCAGUUCUGCAGCUUCUACUGCUUCUCAUCCAGUGGCAGAACCUUAUGUAGGUAAGAAAGCAAAGAGAAAGACAAAGCAUCUUGAAGAAGUCAAGAGUGAUGAUGAAUAUGAUGGAUCUCAAUCAACUUUCAAUUCUGAUGUGUUUCCUCAGUUAAUGACUGAAAAACCUCAACCAGCUGCUUUGAAAGAGGGCCAUGCUGACCCAAAAGAUGACAGUACUGAGCUUAGAGAAACUGAAGAAAAUCUGAAUACUGCUGGUUGUCUUGAUUCAGUCAUUAGCCCACCUCAACUAGACAUGAAGGAAAACCAUGUUGAACUGGAGGACACAAAUGACAAGCCUGCUGACUCUACAGCAAAUGUUGAUUCUACUGGCCACUCUGACUCACUGCCUAAAGAUGAUAACGUGAUCAUAAAAAUGGACGAGUGGAAAAAAGAGGCAAAGGUCCUUGAAAAGAAGAUCAGUGAACUUAUCUAUUCAAAACUGAUACACGAUUCUCAUGUUACUUUUCGUUCUGCAAUGGAUCAACUUGAAGUCGCUCUUAAACAAAUAAAUCUUGACAGUAAAGAUCAAAUGUCCUUGGAAGAUAACAACCAGGAGACCAGUUCUGAAACAAAUGUGGAUUCUGAUUUCUCGGUCCAGUCAGUAGUUGAACCACCUGAAGCAACUGGUUCAGAGCCUGAACACGUUAAACAUGAAGGUAGGAAUAACGAGUCUUGUGAUACUGAGGUAAGCUGUGAGUCUAAUGAUGCAGUCCAGUCAGAGGCUGCUCAGCAUAGUGAAAGUGAUGAAAGUGGAAGUCAGAAGGAUAAAGAUGACAAGGAAGGGCAGAGGGAUGAAGUGCAGGGUUUUGGAAUUACAUGUGUUUCCAGUGUCUCUCAGCCAUUGGCUGGCCAGACUGAAGCUGAAGUAGUUCAGGAAAUCAGCCCUUGGGAAGAUCAUGGUGAUUUGGAAAAUCAGGUUGUUGAAUCUAGUGACUCAAAUAUAAACUUUCAUUCUGAUGAACCGCUUCAGUCUGUGACUGAUACAACCCAAGAGCCUGUUCAAGAAAUAAGUUUACCAAUGGGACAUGUUAGUCCACAUGAUAGUGGCUCCUCUGAUUGUGGCUCUGAGUCCUGUGGCUCUGCAAUAGUGUCUGUUUCGAAUGUCAUUUUUUGUUCAGUGAUUCAGAAACCACAGCGUUUACAAAAAGGGUGUACCAGUCUGAAUGUAAAGAGCAGCAGCCCUUGUGGCCCUGAAGUGAUUGUUGAUUCCAGUGAGAGUCCUGAAACAAGUUUGGAUUCCAGUGACAUCCCUGAAACAAGUUUGGAUUCCAGUGAACCUUGUCAGUCAGUAGCAGGCCAUCUUAAAAAACCUGUCAAUGAAAUGAAUCUGAAAGAAGACCAUAUUUACCUGGAAGAUAAGAGCUACAAGCUAGUUGAUUUUGAACCAACUUACUAUCCUGAUGAUCCUGUUCAGUUUGUGACAGACCCAUCUGUGGAAGUCAACUUGCAAAAAGAGAAUCAGAAUGACCUAGAAAAUGAGACCUUUCAACCAUGUUGUUCUGAAGUAACAUGCAAUUCUGGUGUCCAUCUACAGUCAGAAGUUGACUCACCUCAAGUGGCUUAUAGUGAAGCAGACCCUGAGAGGAAAGAUCUUGUCAUAGAAGAAAAGUGCAGCGAGUCUUGUGAGCCAGAAGUGCUGUAUGAUUCCGACGUCUCUUUCCAGAUAGUAGUUAACCAGGUUCAAACAUCAGAUGGAGAAACAGAUUCACCACAGGUGGUGUUUGUGGAUGUUGUGUCCAGUGAUAGUGACUGUGACCGGGAAGUAAUUUCUGACUCAAAUAUCCCUCUUCAGCUAGAACCUGAGCCACCUCAGCUGACUAUCAAAGAAACCAAUGAUAUAAGCACAGAUUCCGUUGGUUCUGCAGCAACAGAAAAGUACCACUGUAAAUCCCGUGGUUGUGAUUGUAAAGCCUCUCAGUCAGUGACCAAUCAAUCCAAGGAAAGUUUCAAAAUAAUUAACCGAAAGAACGACUAUAUUAUUCUGGGAGAUUCCAUCUGUCCAUCUUGUGGGCAUGAACUCAAUUUCAGUGCUGAUGCCUCUGAUCAACCCACUACCUCCCAGUUACGAAGGCCUAAUCGUAGUCGCAUUAACUCGAACGGUAGAAACCAUGAGUCUCGUAGUCUUAAAAGAAGUUUCACAGUGGAACAUAAUCCUCAGCCAACGAUUCACAGAGAACUACAGAGAAAUGUUGAAGACCUUGAUCUUUGGAGCAAUCCAAGAAAUAUUGCCUUUUACAACAGGAUCUGGGAAUCUAGUAGGUUUGCACCAGACCGUGCUGCCUAUGCUGUGUCAGUGAUCCGUCAAACGUCUGUGACAGACAUCCCUUUGAAGUUAGGAGAUGGAGAUCUAGAAACUGAGAUCUCAGGAUCUGAACUGAAUUACCAGUAUGAUAACCGUCCUCAGUAUGACCCUGACCAACCUCUGCCUAAGAGAACACGCCAGCGUAAGAAGGUAACUUUUGACAUGAGAGUAACUAAGUAUGAAUAUCCACCAAACCCUAUGUACAUGGAAGGAUUCGAAGAGUUUCCAGAAGGUGAUCCUAAUGUACUAGUCCUUGAAGCCUCACCUCAGGUCCCUCCAACAUUUGUUGAAGUAACUCAACCUGAACCUGUGUUGAGUGAAGAUGAAGUGAGAACAAACACACAGGAAUUUCAAGGUCAUAUCUACAGUUAUUAUGAUGGUUCAUCUGAGACCAAGAAAAUAAUUCUGAGUGAAGAAGAAAAGGCUGCUUGGCCUGACUUUUAUCAGAACACCACAUCAGUUCACACUGUGCCACAUCUUGAAUAUAUUGAAGGCAGAGUUGGAGACAGCAGCGAUGUCUCAGUGGCCUUAGGCACACCAUCUUGUUCCCUAGCAGCAGAUCUUCAGCAGCAACAGGAGCAUGUGGCUUCUCAGAACCAGGUAGAAGGAGUUCAAUGUGGAGCUCAAGCCAGUUCUGGGAAGAAAAGAAAAAUGUCAGAACAAGAAGAAAGCUUACCAAAAAGGAAGCACUUCCACCCUGACAGCCAAGAAAAAAAAGAGCAAACUGAGUCACCUGCACAACAGACAAAAGUCUCAGAGUCUGUCCAGCCCGACUCUUUAGUCUAUAUUUUUUCUUCUCUGAGUAUGAAGGAAGAUCAGUCUUUGAACCCACCUAAAGCAAAGCCUGGCAGUGACAAGGGUCUACGAUUCAUAUACAGUUGUAAAGAACACAGUGCUCCUAACCCACCACGUAAGAAAACUGUAAUUAAUCCUCCACAGAACCUAACAGUACCAGAGCGUGACACACAGGAGGUAGUUAGCAGUGAUCUUAGUAGGAAUGAGCCAAAGUCCAGUGCAGGACAGAUUGGUGCCAACAGAUCAAGCUUGGCUUCAGCAGCUAGGAUGGCAAUGCCGAAGAAAAGAUGUGUGUUAAGAUACCUGGGGCUCCUUCAGUCUUCAUAUUCAGAAAGUUCAGGUGUGGGUGCUACUCAAAUUCCAAAGGACAAUCUCCAGCAGAAUCCUUUAAAUCAUGACAGUGCCAAAAUUCCUCCCAAACCAGUUCAAAAGGAGGUUCCUGAGAGUAAAGCUCCAAGGAAAUAUUGGAAAAAGAAGAUGGCAGCUACACACCAAUCAAGCUUACUUAAAAAUGCUUUCAAAACAGUGGUUCUCCGGAAAAAAUCAAGACUAGCGUCAGAAAAACUGGCUAUUUGGAUUCAGCUGAAAGCAACCGAUAUCAUUAGGAAGUAUGUUUCUAAAUGCCCUGGUGUGGGCCGGAAGCAUCAGUCAAAGACUCUUCUUAUUCGAAAGCAGCUGAGGAAGAAGAAGAUGGUCGCCAAGAAGAUAAAGGAGGUCAAGAGAGCGGCUGCAGCAGCGCGCUUGAGCCUUGCGCUCCGCCCAGCCGUAGCUGAGGAGCAGCCGUUAAGCGCUCCUGCAGUGCCUGCAGAGCUGCCUACUCCUAAUCUUCCCAGUGCUCCAGCAGUAAAGCACUACCGGAAAAGGCGCUACCGAAGAAAGAAGAAACUUCUUCCUGUGAGAGAAUAUGACCUGAGAAGCUCGAGCUCCUCAACAAGUACCGACAGGAUGGUGACCAGGCUUGCAAGCAAAUCCCGAAGUAAUGAGGCAAAGUAAAAGCGCGGGCCACGGAGAGGUCAGCCCGCCCCUGGAUGGAACACACGUGGACUUGAGCGCACAGACUUUCCCAGCUUUGGUAGGGAACUUGACCUGACACUAUUUUGCUACAGAUAUUAUUUUUCAGAGAUUUUCUAUUCAUUUAAAAUUUAGUGUUUAGGGUCCUUUUUUUUUUUCCUUUUAAAGGUUUAAAAGCAACCUUUGUCCCGUUUCUGUAGAAGAGCUUCAUCUUAAUUUGUCUUAUAAUUUAGCAUAGAAUUUUGUCCCUUAAAUCAUGUCCGUACUCAUUUCCUCUGAAAAUCUUUCGUGCCAAAAAAUUAUAACACUGGGAGAAUGAACACAGCAAACUUAUUAGUGUUAUCUUUUAAACAAUUGGAUGGAUAUCUAUUUUCCUAGUUACCAUGCUUAUAAGUUGGAUCAUCAAUAACUAUUGGGAUAAAUAAAAAGAGUGACAUUGUGCUAUCUCAGUUUUUGAAUAUGAUUAACUUGAAUGAUCACAAAAACAAAAUUUGUUUUUAUUUUAAAGGCAUUCCACGAAAUAAUCCAGUUUUUUUUUUGUUUGUUUGUUUGU